AUGGCUAUCCCUGCGCAUCAUUUUGCCCUUGUUCCAUUCAACGGUCAGGCCAUUUUCUCAUACCUUGACCCGGCUACCUUAGUCGUUUCUCAGAACGCCUCUCCGGCUGAUUGCUCCGCAGUGCGUUAUUUCUAUCUCUCACACAAUUCCUCCUACCAUAAAUUCGACUCCUUGACCGGCGAGACCCAAGUCGUGCCAUUCUCUAGUAUCCGCAAUGUAAGGGUGGCGAGUGAACACGCACCUUCCGGGCUAGUUGGCCCAUCGCCAUUUUCUCUUUGGACCUUACUCUUCGGGCCUUGGUCCUUUUCGAUCUUUGGAUCACCUUUUGCUGCGUUAUUGUAUCCAUCCGCAGCCAUUACUCUCUAUUGUAACCUGUUUUACCCGGGGUGGUUGCCCCGUCUCCAAGAACAUAUUUUCGAGCCGAGCGCUCUCUCUUGGCGCACAAUUGCGCGACCCACUCUGAGACCGUCCUUAACAUCUCCUUACCGAACCAGCGCCAACUCCAGUUGA